CCUGGCCCUGCCCCAGCCCCCGGGAGCUUCCACCAGCAUCUCAGCCUUUAACCUCCCUCCUGGGGCAGCACCUGCCCUUGGGGCCUCCCAAAAUAAGCCCCAGCAACACCCCCCCCAGGACUCUUGAGGCUGUGCAGAGCGAGGAGACCCCAGCUUUUAAUUAGCAAAGAAGCAUUUCCCUGCUGAUGUUGUUGGGAGCCCAGGUCCCGGCUCUGAGGCCCCCAGACAGUCAGGGAAAUGUGGGAGACAGACCCCCCCAAAGCCGGCACGGCUGAGCUGCCGGGCUCGGUCAUAACUAACACAGGGAGGCCCAGUCAGGGCCGCUCUCCGCCUCGGUAUGUUCUUUCCGAGCGGAUGCCGCAGAGGAAGGAAAAAACAGCCUUUAAGACUUUCCAGACGACCCGCGGCCGCACCUCCCCCCGGGCACAGCAGCGCUGGCCGCUCUGGCCACCGCCGGGCCACCGCGGCGUGAAAGGGUGACUGUCCUCCCGGCACACGUGUCCAGCCUGCGUCCGUCCUCAGCGUCUGCAGGGAGGGGAGACACCGCGGCUCCUCCUCUGACCCGAGCCGGCUCCCGAGUCCCGGUCAGCAGCGGCCACCCCAGCGGGCAGCUGCCUGGAGACCCCGCCGGCCGGCGCUGGGGGCUGGAAAAAGAGGGAACGAGGAGAUGCCGGAUCUGGAACAUUCUUGGAAGUGGCUGCCGGUCAGCGCCUGUCUGCUCCUGCUGUGCGUGUCCUCAGCGUGCCACAGCGUGUCCGGCUCCCGCCCCAACAUCCUCCUUCUGAUGGCCGAUGACCUCGGCAUCGGAGAUGUCGGCUGCUACGGCAACCGCACCGUCAGGACCCCCAACAUCGACCGCCUUGCUGAGGAUGGGGUGAAGCUCACGCAGCACAUAGCAGCUGCGUCCAUGUGCACCCCAAGUCGGGCUGCUUUCCUGACAGGCAGAUACCCCAUCAGAUCAGGUAUGGUGUCCAGCAGAGGUUACCGGGUUCUGGCGUGGGCAGGAGCAUCUGGAGGGCUUCCUGCAAAUGAGACAACGUUUGCGAGGAUAUUAAAGGAUAAAGGCUACGCCACCGCGCUGGUAGGAAAAUGGCACCUGGGUCUCAACUGCGAGUCCUCCAGCGACCACUGCCACCACCCACUUGCCCACGGAUUUGACCACUUCUACGGGAUGCCCUUGUCCAUGAUGGCAGAUUGUAACCAGUGGGAAAUAUCGGAGAAGCGGGUGGUUCUGGAGCACACAUUCCACUUCUGGUUCCAAAUCAUGGCCUUCGCCACCCUCACGCUCACUGCCGGGAAACUCACCCGCCUCAUUGGAGUCUCGUGGAGACCGGUCAUCUGGUCGACCGCGGCCGCCAUCUUGCUGUUCACGACCUCCUGUGCGUUGGGCACCCUGCUCGUUCACGCUGAUUGCUUUCUGAUGAGAAACCACAGCAUCACCGAACAGCCCAUGAAAUUUCAAAGGACAACCUCACUGAUGCUCCAGGAAGUGUCAUCCUUUCUCAAAAGAAACAAGCGCGGCCCUUUCCUGCUCUUCGUGUCCUUUCUGCACGUGCACACCCCCCUGGUGACGACGCACAGCUUCCGGGGGCACAGUGCCCACGGCUUGUACGGGGACAACGUAGAGGAGAUGGACUGGAUGGUGGGACAGAUCCUCAGUACUCUGGACUCAGAAGGUCUGACCAACCAAACGCUUGUGUACUUCACGUCUGAUAACGGGGGAUCUUUAGAGGUCCAACUUGGAGACAACCAAUAUGGCGGCUGGAAUGGCAUCUACAGAGGCGGCAAGGGCAUGGGCGGCUGGGAAGGGGGCAUCCGCGUCCCGGGCAUCUUCCGCUGGCCGGGGGUGCUGCCGGCCGGCCGCGUGAUCCACGAGCCCACCAGCCUGAUGGACGUCUUCCCCACCGUGGUGCAGCUGGGAGGCGGGACGGUGCCGCGAGACAGGGUCAUUGAUGGCCGGGACCUGCUGCCCUUGCUCCUGGGGACACCCCACCACCAGCACCAUGAGUUCCUCAUGCAUUACUGCGAGAACCUUCUUCACGCAGCCCGCUGGCACCAAGCCGACCGUGGAGCCACAUGGAAAGUCCACUACAUGACCCCACGGUUCCACCCGGAAGGUGCAGGAGCCUGUUACGGGAGAAUGGUCUGUCCAUGCUCCGGGGGCCACGUCGACCAUCAUGAUCCACCUUUGCUCUUUGACCUCUCCAGAGAUCCUGCUGAAGCCCACAUCCUCACGCCAGACACGGAGCCCUUGUUCCAUCAGGUGGUGGACACAGUCUCCCGGGCUGUGGAGCAACAUCGCCGGACUCUCAGCCCGGUCCCCCUGCAGCUGGACAAGCCGGGCAACCUCUGGAAGCCCUGGCUCCAGCCCUGCUGUGGCCCCUUCCCCCUGUGCUGGUGUGAUGGGGACAGUGACCCCCAGUAAUCAGGUCCCCAAGCCCGGAGACCAGCACUGGGGUCAGGUACAACCUCACUGUGAAGUUAAGUCAGCGACCGAUUCAAAAAGAGGAAGAGUCAGAGCAGAAGGAUCCGGAAACACUGACCACUGGGUGAAGCACACCAGGACGGGGCCGCCCAGAUGCUGCUACAUCUGUGGGCAUCCUGCCCGAGGACCCCAGCCCCCCGAUCCAGCCCCCCAAAGGACCCAGGCUGCAAAGGCAGACAACAGGCGGUGGACACCAGGGGUCAGUGCUGGCCCUGCCAAGGCAUCACUGGGCAAAGUCAUGACAGUCGGCAUGACCGGGACCUGCCUGACUCACCUGGGACUUUCGGGGCGGGUCAGAACCCAGGCUUCAUUUGUAAUAAAAUAGAGACGACAACAGUGUUGGGCUCAAACAAGGACGGUGCAUCCCUGCACCAGGGCUGUGAUUCCUGCACCCCUGGACGCCAGACCCUUGCACCUCUGCACCCCUGGGUGCCAGAUCCCCUGCAUCUCUGCACCCCUGGAUCCCAGAACCCUGCAUCCCUGGACCCCAGGGCCCCUGCAUCUCUGCACUCCUAUACUUCUGGACCUCAGAGGCCCUGCAUCCCCCAACAACCUGCACCCGCGGCCCCCAGAGC